AUGCGUCCCAAGGAGUUUGCAACAUUACGCUUUUCCUCGGUCUUGAGCAUGCGGCCUGAUCACGCGUUGUCAGUAAAGGACCCGCCAAUCAGCAGACAUCGCUCCCCGAAUGCCGCUGCCAGCCUGCGAUCGAGCUUUACGGGACUUGGAUUGGCCAUCGUGACUGGAAUCUGCGGCGGAGUGCCCAAUCCUGGGACCGGCGACGAGAUCAUCCUGGGCGACGUCAUCAUCAGCCGGACGGUCGUUCAGUUCGACUACGGCCGACAGUACCCGGAUAGGUUCAUCCGCAGAGACAUCCGCAGAGACACCUUGGACGAUAACCUCGGACGACCCAACCGAUACAUUCGAUCCCUCCUGUCGACCUUCGACACGGACCGUGGGCGUGACGGUCUCCAGCGCGGCGCUGCGCAGGCCAUCAACCGGAUGCAGGGAGCUCGGGGAACCUGCCACGUUAUUAUACAAAUCAAAGCCUUGGUGGCGUCGGUGUUGAUGCGGCAAGUCUUCAAAGAUUAG